AUGGGCCAGACCUCGGUGUCCACGCUGUCCCCGCAGCCCAGCGGCGUUGACGGAUUGGACAAAGCUUCCAUAGCCAACUCCGAUGGCCCUGCAGCAGGCUCCCAGACACCUCCCUUCAAGAGGAAAGGGAAGCUCUCCACCAUCGGCAAAAUCUUUAAGCCUUGGAAAUGGAGGAAAAAGAAGACCAGUGACAAAUUCAGAGAAACCUCAGCAGUAUUAGAAAGGAAGAUAUCCACCAGACAAAGUAGAGAGGAGCUGAUAAGAAGGGGAGUUCUUAAGGAAUUGCCUGAUCAAGAUGGAGAUGUAACAGUUAACUUUGAAAAUUCAAAUGGGCACAUGAUACCCAUCGGAGAGGAAUCUACCCGAGAGGAAAAUAUAGUAAAAUCUGAAGAAGGUAAUGGCUCUCUAGCUGAAAAAGCACCAGCUCUGGAGGAAAAGGCAGAAGAGAAGAAAGCUGGUUCCUCUCAUUCCAAAAAGACUACGGGCUCCAAAGCAUCAGCGUCACCAUCUACUUCUUCGUCUUUUCUCAAAACUUCAAAGGAGACAGUUUCUAGCAAAACAGGGACAGUGGGAACCACAAAGGGCAAGAAAAAAACUGGCAAGCGGCCCAUGCCUCGGCCGUCCUCAGAUGCAACCACCGCUGGUACGUCCGACCUUAAAGGAGAGCCUUCGGAAGCCAAGGUGGAGAGUCUCAAAACUGAGCCAACGGGCCCUGAGACGGAGGAGCCGAGUACAGGCAAAUCCAAGUCUGCAGUCCCUCCACCGCCUGUGAGCCCACCCCCUCCUCCCCCCAUCCCGCAUCUUGUUCUGGAGGAACCAUGUGUUUUUGCAGCAGACACUCCUAUUGUCGUGGUCAGCGAUGGAGCCGACCUGCCCGAUCCCACCUUAGAAGCCAGUGAGCUUCUCUGGACUGAAGAGCUGACAAACACAACCACUGUCCACUCAGGCACUGGCCUCAGUGUUAGCAGAGAAAACACAAAAUGUUUCACAACCAAAGAUGAGCUGGGAAAGGCAGCAUCUCAGUUACUGGCUCCUGGGCUGAUGGGAGAAUCCUCAGAAUCCUUCAGUGCCCCAGAGGACGAAGGCCAAAGGGAAUACCGGGCUACUGAUUCGGACUCUGAUGGGCCUAUCUUGUACACUGACGAUGAUGAUGAAGAGGAUGAAGAUGAGGACGGCAGUGGAGACAGUGCUUUGGCAAGUAAAAUCCGACGAAGGGAUACUCUUGCUAUCAAACUGGGCAACAGACCGUCCAAAAAAGAAUUAGAGGACAAGAACAUCUUGCAGCGGACAUCUGAAGAAGAGAGGCAGGAGAUCCGACAGCAGAUUGGAACCAAGCUAGUCAGGAGACUGAGCCAGAGGCCCACAACUGAAGAAUUAGAGCAAAGAAACAUCCUAAAACAAAAGAAUGAAGAGGAAGAACAAGAAGCAAAAAUGGAACUUAAACGCAGACUCAGCAGAAAGCUCAGCCUGAGACCUACAGUGGCAGAGCUACAAGCUCGAAGGAUCCUGCGAUUUAACGAGUAUGUAGAAGUCACCGAUUCUCCAGACUACGAUCGCAGGGCAGACAAGCCCUGGGCCAGGUUGACACCUGCAGACAAGGCAACAAUACGGAAAGAACUAAAUGAAUUUAAAAGCACAGAAAUGGAAGUGCACGAAGAGAGUCGGCAGUUUACAAGGUUCCAUCGUCCGUAA